AUCAGGGGAAUCGAUGUGGAUUUCCCUUAUGAGGCGUACGAUUGCCAGCUCGUUUACAUGGAAAAAGUCAUCCAAUCUAUUCAAAACAAAUGUAAUGCCCUAUUGGAGAGCCCAACUGGAACUGGGAAGACACUAUGCCUGCUAUGUGCUACAUUAGCUUGGAGGAAAAGUUUGGGCGAAUUCUCGAGAGGCCGGAGUGAAAGAAGUAAUACCAGAGGAAGUCAGUAUUCAGAUGAUGAACUGCCACAAUCCCAGUCUUCUAGUGUUCCCACCAUAAUUUACACAUCACGCACCCACAGCCAGAUUAGGCAAGUGAUUCAAGAGCUGAAGAGGUCUAACUACAGGCCCAAAAUGGUGGUGUUGGGAUCUAGAGAGCAGUUGUGCAUUCAUGACCAAGUAAGUUUACUUCGUGGAAAGGCACAGACAAAUGCCUGCCAAACUUUAUGCAAAAAGCACACCAAGCGUUAUUGUGCUCAUUUUUCACGCGUGACAGAGUUUGUGAAGAAGAAUCCUAGUAUUGGAGACGACCCGAUUGAUAUAGAGGACUUGGUCAAUAUUGGAAGAAGCUCUGGACCGUGCCCUUAUUACCUGUCGCGGGAGCUUCAUAAGGAUGUUGACAUCUUAUUUGCGCCUUACAACUAUCUUAUCGAUCGUGGAAACAGGAGAUCUCUGAAAAUUGACUGGAAUAACAGCAUCCUUAUUUUUGAUGAAGCUCACAACUUAGAAGGCUUGUGCGCUGAUGCAGCUUCUUUUGACCUGCCUUCAGGUCUUUUGACAGCUUGCAUAUCUGAAGCAAAAAAUUGCAUUGAUCUUUCCAUUACUAGGAGGGAAAAAUCAAGUGACAAAUCUUGUAAUCCAGAUAAUUUUGCUAUUCUCAGAGCACUUCUUUUGAAGCUUGAGAAGAGAAUAGCGGAGGUGCCAAUUGAAUCCAGAGAGUUAGGUUUUACAAAGCCUGGCCCAUACAUUUAUGAGCUACUAGCUGAGCUAAAUAUAACUCAGAAAACUGCCAACAUGCUCACUGAUAUCAUUGAUAAAGCAUGUGCACUUCUUGAAGAAGAUGCAAGCACUAAUGAAAGUGGAGGAUCAAAUAAAAUAAAUGGGAAUGUUUUCAGGCUGGAAAGCAUGGGUGACAUUCUUAGACUGAUCUUCAAGGAUAAUAGUAAUGCUCAUGCUCAUUAUUACCGUGUGCAUGUUCAGGAAGUUGAAGCUAGCGCCACAGAUGCCUUUAGAGGGAAACCUUCCAGAAUUCUAAGCUGGUGGUGCUUCAAUCCUGGAAUUGCCAUGGAAGAGUUGUCGAGGCUAGGUGUUGGAUCUGUCAUUUUGACAUCUGGCACAUUAUCACCAAUGGAUUCAUUUGCAGAAGAAUUGAAGUUAGAAUUUCCAAUACGUUUGGAGAAUCCUCAUGUCAUAUCAGGAAGCCAGAUAUGGGCUGGUGUUGCACCAGUUGGACCAUCUGGUUACUCUUUCAAUUCUUCAUAUCGUAGUCGUGGUUCUGUGGAGUACAAGUUGGAACUUGGCAAUGCCAUUGUCAAUUUUGCUCGAAUUGUACCCGAUGGGCUGCUUGUUUUUUUUCCAUCUUACUACCUUUUGGACCAAUGCAUCAGCUGCUGGAAAACUAUGGGGCAACAAGGUUUAUCCAAUUCAGCUACCAUCUGGGAAAGAAUAUGCAAGCAUAAGUUACCUGUAGUGGAGCCUAGGCAAUCCACACUCUUCCCUUUGGCAAUUGAAGAUUAUAUGACAAAGUUGAAGGAAACCUCCUCUUCUGGGGCAAUUUUUUUUGCAGUGUGUCGUGGCAAGGUGAGUGAAGGAUUGGAUUUUGCUGACCAUGCUGGCAGAGCUGUGGUGAUCACAGGGUUGCCAUUUGCCACCAUGACUGAUCCGAAGAUUCGACUAAAACGGGAGUACUUGGAUCAACAUGCACAGUCACAUAAGAUUGGAGACAAGGGUCUGACUGGAGAAGAGUGGUAUUCUCAACAAGCAUCACGAGCUGUGAAUCAGGCUGUAGGCCGUGUUAUUCGUCAUCGGCAUGAUUAUGGAGCAAUUAUAUUUUGCGAUGAGAGGUUCACCUAUUCAAACCGCCAGUCUCAAGUAUCAUUGUGGAUACAACCUCAUAUCAAAUGUUACUCCAAGUUUGGUGAUGUAGUUUACACAUUGACUCGUUUCUUUCGAGAUGGUGGCCAUCGUGGCCCUCCCAAGCUGGAAUUGGCACAAAACGAGGAUCAGGAAAACGUGAGAAUUUUGCAAAGCUCCCAACUCUCUGAUAAGUUUCACCUUGAAAAGGUUAUUGCUCCCCAGACGACAGCAAUACAAUCAACUAGCUUCUCGGGCUCUACAUCUUUUACCAAACAAGCCAAGCAAGGAAAUAUUUCUAGCCAUCUUACAGAAAUACCUCCUGCCAAUCGCUCAUCUCUGACAUCAGACAAGAAUUUUCAAGAUUCAAUUUUGAAGUGUUCAAGUUAUCUGACACACACAGGGAAAGAAUCUUUCAUCAGUGGGAAGAAGAGUACACAAGAUUUGGAUGGAGAAAGUGGUGACCUUGCACCUUGUAUAUUGAAAAAACAAAGAUUGCUGAUAGCAGGGCCCGAUCAGUUAAAACUUAAAGAACAGUUCGAUAAUCACUUCAAUAAUUUAGUAAAGAAUGAAAGUUCACGGUUUUGCCAGAAUGUCAGCACACAGAAUCAUCAUGAAAAAGGAGAAGUGUUGGUUAAUGAUGAAAUUAUUACUCAAAAGGAGACUGUUGCACAUAACAUUCAGGAACACAAGGAUCUUGGGUCUCAGGCUGCACAUCGCAAUAAUGAGGAGAUAAAGGGAUCAGCUUUUCUCAUCCAGGUUCGAGAAAAGCUUACUGAUGCAGAGUACAGAGAAUUUGUAGGCUUUAUGAAGGCACUGAAGUCGAAAGCAAUGAAGAUAGGCCAUGUUCUGCAAUCCAUUGCAAGAUUAUUUUCAGUUCCGGACAGGCUCUCACUUCUUCACGGUUUCAAGGAGUAUGUUCCUGCCAAGUAUCAUUCUUUAUAUCAGCAUUACAUGCGCAAUAAUAGCGAUGCGGCUGGCGUUUAAAAGUUCAUAAGUAAAGCAUUUUGAGAUUAUCACAACUUUUUAUGAGGAGAAAAGGUUGUCUUGGUGUGCGAUUUCCAGCAAAACAAGCUUUGGCAAGUGCUAUUAUUACGUCUGAAAGUCUAUCUAAUAUCCAAAUUCGAAAGUAAGAGUUGAAACCACCUCAAGUUACGCAGAAUCUAAGGAUACGACGGGUUAAUGUUAUGAUUUUUCACCAAGAUCCCUUUGCUUCCUGUUGUAAAGUUAGGUAGGAUGUCGAAACGAGUAAAAAUAUUUCAAAGCUACAAACCACAUUAUGGUAAAGUGUAGAGUAGAAGAAGCAUAUCCAGUUUAUAUGUGGCAUUUUUCAUUUCAAGUGGCUGGAUUUGCUCUAUGGUUUGUGCAACCGUUGCCAUUGCAGAUUCAGAAAUAGUGCAAGUCUUUGAUGUAUGUUUGUAGCUCCAAAAUCAAAGGUCUUUGGGUCGUAUUAUCAACAAAUAUC